UGUAGUCUGCCCUUAUCCCUUCUCGCGCACGGUGAUCCGAACGAGGAGCUGAGAUAGUAGAAACGGUCUUGUAGCGCUAGCAGGGCUCCAGUCGACCUGUUUUGCAGACUCGAAUUCGGUCUACCCAUCGUCGACAGGAUGUACUCACAGGGCCAUGUCGUGUUAGUGGUGGCGCUUCUGUAUCUUGCAGGCACCGCGUAUGCCAGACUUCCGGAUCCCCAGAAAGGGUGCGAUUUAUCUGACGGCCGAUGGGUUCGCGCGGCGAACCGUUUUCCGCGGUACACGGGGCUGUCGGGGGAGUGGAACUCGUGCCCGUACAUCCGGUCCGAGUACUCGUGCCAGCGCAACAACCGCCCCGACGACUACUACACGCAGUAUCGCUGGCAGCCCGACAACUGCAUCAUCUCGUACUUCAGCGCGCCCGGCUUCAAAUACAUGAUGCGCAAGAAGAACAUGCUGGUGGUGGGCGACUCCAUCAUGAUGAACUUCUACGAAUCGCUGCUCUGCCUCAUCCACACCGGCGGCUACGAGGGCAAGGAGUACUCCAUCUCCACCAACGCCACCUUCGACAUCCGCCGCGUGCGCUUCUCCGCAUUCUCCGGCUCCAUCGACUUCUACUUCGCGCCGUACCUGGUGCGCGCCACCAAGCUGUCCCAGAAGUCGUCGGGCGAGAGCCGCAAGCCGGGCGGCGGGCACGCGCACGACGUGUACGUGGACGAGGUGGACCCCACGCUCGUGAAGAUCCUGCCGGACUACGACGCCGUGGUGCUGGGCACGGGCAUCUGGUGGCUGCAGAACAAGCCCGGCGUGCGCGAGCCCAACCAGUUCUUCGCCAACGGCGCGCGCCGCAACCUCACCAACUCGGCGGCGCACACGUGGGGCAUCGCGACGGUGGCGAAGCACGUCAAGGCGUGCAACUACAGCGGCGUGCCCUACUUCCUCUCCUACUCCCCCAAGCACGGCGGCCGCGGCGCGCCGCAGCGCGGUGUGAUGAACAAGAAGAAGGGCCCCAAGUACCCGCUGUGGGUGGGCGCGUGCGGCGCGCGCGGCCCCAUCGACGAGGACGCGAAGAUCAAGUACGCGAACACGCUGCCCGCUGCCAAGGCGUACGCCGACGCGCAGCAGGUGACUCUGGCGGGCACGCCCAUCCGCUUCCUGCCCGUCACGCAGAUGAGCGAGAUGCGCCCCGACGGCCACCUGGGCGUGUGGUGGCAGCCGCGCAACCAGACGGGCCCCGACUCGCCGGGGGACAGGAAGGAGUCGCCGUUCACCGGCGAUUGCACGCACUGGUGCUUACCAGGCGUGCCCGACGCAUGGGUGGAUGUCCUCUUCACCAACAUGAAGUUCGAGGAUACCUUCCAAUAGGCUGUACUUUAUAGCGGGACACGUGCUGUCCUAUGGUUUGCUAGGCUUCCAAUCCAGCUCGCAGAUUUGAGACGGUUUUGUAUUCUCUGUACCAUUAGCAGAUAGUUUGCUAAUUAGAUUCCACCUUAGACCAGGAUAGGUGGGAUGGGAAUGGACGUGCCGCAUAGGUAACCCCUCGCCAUUCCAUCCAUUCUCCAUAUUGGGAAUGAACCUGAUGGUGUCCUUAAAUCUUGUUACUACUUCCCAUUGCAUUUCACAGC